UUGAAUCACAGCCUUGUCCUCACUGGGGGCCGGCCACUGGCUCCUUUUAUAUAUCUUUGGGGGAUGCAAAUGCUGGUGGGGCAGCCGGCUGCUCUGGGGGAAGGCAUGUUUUCCUGCCUGAAUUUUGGGAAAUCACACAGAAAAGAGGCAUCCGAGCCUGGCAUUGUGGCCCUGCCAAGUCAUCCCCUGACAGACAUGUUCUGAUCAGAGCUGUUUGCCCCACAGGAAAAGAAUCAGCUUUCUAUCAAGUGGACUCUGGGCACCACCCCAGAGAGCUCAAGCUCCAGAGGACCUGGAGAAGCUGACCCAGUGAUGCCUGCUGAGGCCCAACCAGGUUAAAUCCCCGGAUCGAGUGCUCCCACAUCUGUCCCCAGGACCCCCAGACAACAGAGAGGGCCUGACAUGGAGUGUCCCCACCCGGAUGGCAUCCUUGGAAAAGGCUGGAGUGUUUCUAAAGAGGCUGUUCAGACAUCACAUCACAGUCCCAGACGGCCGAGAGGUUCUUGCACUCACUUGGCUGCCCUCCCUGGGAAAUGCUUUGGAUCAGACAGCACUUCUGGGUUGUUUUUGCCUGAGGAAAGUGGUAAGAAUUCAGCAAGAAUCCCAUGGUUGAAGGAGAAGUCAGUGGAUUUACUUAGCAAAAGCAUGCGUCGAGAACCGUCCAGGAGGUUUCUUCAAGAGGUGGGCUAUGGACUAGACCUUGAGUAUGGUUGGAUGAAGUGCUGACAGGUGGGUAUGGAAGCAAAGAAGAGGAGGUAUCUCUGGCAGAUAAGACAAACGAACAAAAAGAGAAACCAGAAAACUGGGUGAGUGCAGGGUAGAAAAUUCUGGGAGUGGAAAGUAGGGAGCUAUGGUCUGGGCACAGGAAUACAUCAUAUGACAAGUCAGUAUCUGCGAGGGAUGAUGGCAGUGACAAGGACCAGGCUGGAAGGACAGGAGGGGUCUCCCUGUCUGGGGAGCCAGGAGCAGCGCCAAGUUCAAAUGGGCUUCUGAAAGGGAGACGGCCACCCUGAUGGGCUCUGUGUCCAAGGGCAGAUGGACAUGGGAGGGGAGGCCCACAGGCAGAGGGGAAAGGUCCAGGGGAGAGAUGACAGGGGUUUGAAUUUAGAUAGCAACAUUGGGACAGAAAGGUAGGUAUAUACAAAAUAAUGCAAAAGAAGAUUCUGCAGGCUUCUGGAGGCUGAUUGGAUGUGCGAGGAGGGGAAGAAGGAGAUGGUGACAAUUCUGAGGGUUUUGAGCCCGGGCGGUGGGGAGGAUGGAGAUUCCUGAACAGAGAUGGGCAAGGCAGGAAGAGAGAUGGGUCGAGAGAGGAGGUGAUCAAUGUAAUCAGAGAGACUCUGGGACGUCCACAGGGUUUGUGUGUAGAGAAGGCCAUCGGUUAGGCAAAAAUGUGGACAUUUCAGUGACUCUUUGGGCUCAUAGCAGUAAUGGUUGAAGAUGCAGAUGCAGGUAAGAUGGAUAGGUGUGCGGGGAAGAGAAGCCAGGUGGAGGGACAGGUAAGGAGCACCUGCCCAGGGAGGAAACGGAAACCUGGCAGAAGGUUGUCAGGACAGCCUGAGGGAGGGAAUCUGAAUGGUCAGUGGGGCUGAGCCAUGUGAGGAGGAGGUCAUAGAGGUGGCUCCUGGGCCACUGUUUGGAGGAAGGUGUAUGACAAUGGCCCCAGGUAGCAGCCAGUGGCCAAAACCUGAGGAGAGGAAAUAGAGGCAGAAGGUAUGGGAUGCCUGGGUGGUUCAGUGGUUGAGUGCUUCCUUUAUACCUAGGGUGUGAUCCUGGAGACCAGGGAUGGAGUCCUGCAUCUGGCUUCCUGCAUGGAGCCUGCUUCUCCCUCUGCCUGUGUCUCUUCCCCUCUCUUUCUCUGUGUGUCUCUCAUGAAUAAAUAAAUAAAAUCUUAAAAAAAAAAAGAAGGUGUAAGGGAUCCUAUAAAGAAGUUCACAAGUAAUGGAAUGAGAACAAAACAAUGGUGAACUGAGAGAAAGUGGGACCAAAGGAAGCCAUUUUAGGAUCAGGACAAUGUGGCCAGGCUUUGGGGCAGUGCUUCUCAACUGUGGUUGUACAUUUGCAUCACCAGGAAUCCCAUUAAAUGCAGCUUCUGAUCCAGGAAUGAGGGCAGGUGACCACAUGGCACAGAAGACACAGGAGCCCAUGAUGCCACCUUGGGCCAGUGUCCGACAGCGGCGGCAGCAGGCGGAGACUUGCACGAUGGCCCCGGACCCCUGAUUCUCCACAUACGACUCUACCUGCCAAAUUGCACAAGAGAUUGCCAAGAAAAUCCAACAGCAAAAUCAGUAUGAAAGAAAUGGUGAAAAUACAAUCAGGCUUACCGUGACAAUCAGAACUUUGUUGCAGAAUCUGAAGGAAAAGAUCACCCUUUUGAAGGACUUAUUGCUAAAUGCUGUGUCAACACAUCAGAUCACACAGCUUGAAGGAGACCAAAGACAGAACCUCCUGGAUGAAUUUGUAACUCGAGAGAGACUGCUUGUGGCAUCUUUUAAGAACGAGGGUGCAGAACCGGAUCUCAUCAGGUCCAGCCUGAUGACUGGAGGGGCUAAGCCAGGAGUCCCCAACCCUUGGCUCUUUGAGGAGCCAGAGGAGGCCAGAGGUUUGGGUUUUGAUGAAAUCCAACAACAGCAGCAGAAGAUUAUCCAAGAACGGGAUGCAGGUCUGGAUGCCCUGUCCUCUAUCAUAAGUCGCCAGAAACAGAUGGGGAAGGAAAUUGGGAACGAACUGGAUGAACAAAACGAGAUAAUUGAUGACUUUGCCAACCUGGUGGAGAACACAGAGAGAAAGCUCCGCACCAAGACCAGGCGUGUGAACAUGGUGGACAGAAAGUCAACGUCUUGCGGGAUGAUCAUGGUGAUUUUAUUGCUGCUCGUGGCUAUUGUGGUCGUGGCAUUCUGGCCCACCAACUAGUGACAGCAAGGGAACCGCCAGCUGUGACACCUGCCAGUGGAGACCUGGACACCUGCCGGUGGAUGGAGAAAAACCCAGCACCCCAGUGGUACAUGAAACUGCUCUCAAUAAAUCCCUCCCCAAAGCAAAAAAGAAAAAAAGAUUUUAUUUAUUUAUUCAUGAAAGAUGCACAGAGAGAGGCAGAGACAUAGGUAGAAGGAGAAGCAGGCUCCCUGCAGGGAGCCGGAUGUGGGACUUGAUCUCUGGACCCUGGGAUCACGCCCUGAGCCAAAGGCAGAUGCUCAACCACUGAGCCACCCAAGCAUCCCUGACUUAAACUUUUCAAUACUUAUUUUUCCAUUAAAAAAAUUGCAUAACAAUACUUGUACCUCACAGGGUUUUUUGCAAAUUAAACGAGAUAAUAUAUGCUAAGUGCCUGGCAUAGAGAAAGAUGUCACUAAACGAUAGCCAAAAAAUGAUUAAUUAUACUAUUGUGAUUAUUUUACAAACGAGAUGCAUAUGGUUAAAGCAUUUUGGGUCACUUAGUCGUCUUCUUUUUUUAAGAUUCAUCUAUUGAUGGACAUUUGGGCUGCUUCCAUAGUUUGGCUAUUAUAAAUAAUGUUGCAAUAAACAUAAGGGUGAAUGUAUCUUUUCAAAUUAGUGUUUUCAUAUUCUUUGGUUAAAUACCCAGUAUUGGAAUUACAAGAUCAUAUGAUAAUUCUACUUUUAAUUUUUUGAGGAUCCUCCAUACUGUUUUCCACAUGGCUGCACCAGUUUGUUUUCCCACCAAUAGCGGAUGAGGGUUCCUGUUUCUCUACUUUCUUGCCAACACUUGUUGUUUCUUGUGUUUUUUAUUUUAGUCAUUCUGACAGAUGUGAGGUGAUAUCACAUUGUACUUUUGAUUUGCAUUUCCCUGAUGAUGAACAAUGUUGAGCAUCUUUUCAUGUGUCUGUUGGUCAUCUGUAUGUCUUUCUUUGGAAAAAUGUCUGUUCAUGUCUUCUGCCCAUUUUUCAUUGAGUGAUUUGUUUUUUGGUGUUGAGUUGUAUAAGUUCUUUGUAUAUUUUAGACAUUAACUCUUUACCACAUAUGUCAUUUGCAAAUAUUUUCUCCCAUUCAGUAAGUUGCCAUUUAAUUUUGUUGAUUAUUUCUUGCACUGUACAGCAGCUUUUUAUUUUGAUGUAAUCCCAAUAGUUUAUUUUUGCUUUUUUCUCCCUGCUUAGGAGACGUAUCUAGAAAGAAGUUGCUAGAGUCAAUGUCAGAGAAGUUACUGCUUGUGCUCUCUUCUAGGAGUUUUUUUGGUUUCAGUUCUCAUAUUUAGGUCUUUAAUGCAUUUUGAAAUAUAUUUUGAAUGUAUUUUUGUGUAUGGUUUAAGAAAGUGGUCCAGUUUCAUUCUUUUGCAUGUAUCUAUCCAGUCUUCCCAACACUAUUUGUUGAAGAGACUGACUUUUCCCCAUUGCAUAUUCUUGCCUCUUUUGUGGAAGAUUAAUUGGCCAUGUAAUCAUGGGCUUAUUUCUGGGCUCUUUAUUCUGUUCCAUUGGUCUGUGUUUCUGUUUUUGUGCCAGUACCAUACUGUUUUUGAUCACUUCAGCUUUGUAGUAUAUCUUAAAAUCUGGGGAUGUGGGUGCCUGGGUGGCUCAAUGGUUGAGGGUCUCCCUUUGGCUCAGGUCAUGAUCCUGGGGUCCCGGGAGUCCCGCAUCGGGCUCCUCACAGGGAGCCUACUUCUCCCUCUGCAUAUGUCUCUGCCUCUCUGUGUCUCUCAUGAAUAAAUAAAUAAAAUCUUAAAAAAAAAUCUAGGGUUGUGAUACCUCCAGGUUUUUUCUUCUUUUUUAGAUUGCCUUGGCUAUUUGGGGUCUUUUGUCAUUCCAUGCAAAUUUUAUGAUUGUUCUAGUUCUGUGAAAAAUGUUGUUGGUAUUUUGAUAGGGAUAGCAUUAAAUCUGUGUAUUG